GUUGCAGCACUCCGCUCUCCUCCUUCCACCAAGGCCGCAUGGUCGGUCCCUGGAAAUGGGAUGUCAAUCCCAUUCAGGGAUCUUAAAAGAAGCCAGACCUUUCCCUUGCACUGACUGUUGUUGUCGGCUUGACCACAAGUGAGACGAAGACACCGGAGAAAAUGUCCACCGUCACAUCUGCAAUCCAGGCGCCUCAGGGCCUUGUCAACCCUCCUCCCCCAGAGGUCACCAACCCCAACAAACCUGGAAGGAAGACCAACCAGCUGCAAUAUAUGCAAAAUGUUGUGGUGAAAACUCUGUGGAAACAUCAGUUUGCGUGGCCCUUCUACCAACCGGUGGAUGCAAUUAAAUUGAAUUUGCCAGAUUAUCACAAAAUAAUCAAAAACCCAAUGGACAUGGGGACGAUCAAGAAACGACUGGAACAUAACUACUACUGGAGUGCCAGUGAAUGUAUGCAGGAUUUCAACACCAUGUUUACAAAUUGUUACAUUUACAACAAGCCCACCGAUGACAUCGUCCUCAUGGCUCAAGCUCUGGAGAAGAUCUUCCUUCAGAAAGUGGCCCAGAUGCCUCAAGAGGAAGUUGAAUUGUUACCUCCUGUUCCAAAAGGCAAAGCCCGGAAGUCAGCUGCCAGCGCGCAUAAUGCAGGAGCGCAGCACGCUGCGGCUGUGUCUUCUGUGUCCCCGCCGGCCCCCUUCCAGAGCGUUCCUCCCUCGGUCUCGCAGACGCCAGUCAUUGCCGCCACGCCUGUGCCAACCAUCACUGCAAACGUCGCCCCCAUCGCCGCUCCCCCUGCUGCUGCACCCCCUCCACCUCCACCUCCUGCCGCUCCCAUCAUGCCAGUAGUUCCUCCAACACCACCUAUUGUCAAGAAGAAGGGGGUGAAGCGGAAAGCAGACACAACCACACCCACCACGUCGGCCAUCACUGCCAGCCGGAGCGAGUCGCCCACCCCGCUCUUGGACCCCAAGCAGGCGAAAGUAGUGGCUCGGCGGGAGAGUGGGGGCCGGCCCAUCAAACCACCAAAGAAAGACCUGGAAGACGGAGAGGUCCCCCAGCACGCAGGCAAGAAAGGCAAGCUCUCAGAACAUCUGAAGUACUGUGACAGCAUCCUUAAGGAGAUGCUGUCCAAGAAGCACGCUGCUUACGCCUGGCCCUUCUACAAACCCGUGGAUGCCGAGGCCCUGGAACUGCAUGACUACCAUGACAUUAUCAAGCACCCGAUGGAUCUCAGCACUGUGAAAAAAAAAAUGGACAGCCGGGAAUAUCAAGAUGCCCAGGGGUUUGCAGCGGAUAUUCGGUUAAUGUUCUCUAAUUGUUACAAGUACAAUCCUCCCGACCAUGAAGUUGUGGCCAUGGCCAGGAAGCUUCAGGAUGUCUUUGAGAUGAGAUUUGCCAAGAUGCCAGAUGAGCCGGCAGAGCCUCCCCCUCCGCCUCCUCCAACAGCGCCAGUGGUGAGCAAAAGCACGGAGAGCAGCCACAGCAGCGAGGAAAGUUCCUCGGAUUCCGACAGCUCUGACUCUGAAGAGGAGAGAGCCACACGCCUGGCGGAGCUCCAGGAGCAGGAUUGUUCCCGAUCUUUGAGGCAGUGCUACAAGGUCAAUGACUCCCGAGACUGGAAUGGAUGGAAUCUGAAGGCCGUCCAUGAGCAAUUGGCUGCCCUGUCCCAAGCUCCUGUCAACAAACCAAAGAAAAAAAGAGAGAAGAAGGAGAAAGAGAAGAAGAAGAAGGACAAGGAGAAGGAGAAGGAGAAAGAGAAGCACAAGGCAAAAGCAGAGGAAGAGAAGAAGGCCAAGGUGGCCCAGCCAACAAAGCAGGCUCAGCAGAAGAAAGCCCCAGCCAAGAAGGCCAACAGCCUUCCCACGGUGAACAGGCAGCCGAAGAAAGGAGGCAAGCAAGCAUCAGCGACCUACGACUCAGACGAGGAAGAGGAGGGUCUGCCCAUGACUUAUGAUGAGAAGCGACAGCUCAGUUUGGACAUCAACCGCUUGCCCGGGGAGAAGCUGGGCCGGGUGGUGCAUAUAAUCCAGUCACGGGAACCCUCACUCAGGGACUCCAAUCCUGAUGAGAUCGAAAUAGAUUUUGAAACCUUGAAACCCACAACGUUACGAGAACUGGAGAGAUACGUCAAGUCAUGUUUACAGAAAAAGCAAAGGAAACCAUUUGUCUCAGCAAUUGUGCGUUCCUCCUCCACAGCUGCAAGUGGAAAGAAGCAAGCAGCAAAAUCCAAGGAAGAGCUCGCUCAGGAGAAGAAGAAAGAGCUGGAGAAACGCUUGCAGGAUGUGAGCGGGCAGCUGAACAACAACAAGAAGCCUGCCAAGAAAGAAAAACCCGGCUCUGCCCCCUCCGGUGGCCCUUCUCGCCUCAGCAGCAGCAGCUCCUCGGAAUCAGGGAGUAGCAGCUCCAGCGGAUCCAGUUCAGACAGUAGCGACUCGGAGUAAGCUACGGACACUUUUAAUAUGCCUGGACAGCAAAUGGACAUCUCGCUCACACGCAGCCCGUCACUCUGUGGCGUUCCCUUCUGUUCUUGUUUUUUUUUUAAUGGUCUGCUUCGUCCC